AUGAAGCUCGUCCGAUUCCUGAUGAAAUGCGCCAACGAGACGGUGACAAUUGAGUUGAAAAAUGGCACCAUCAUCCAUGGCACAAUCUCUUCCGUCUCUCCACAGAUGAACACGGCUCUCCGUACUGUGAAGAUGACCAUUAAGGGCCAGGAGCCCAUCUCCCUCGAGACCAUGAACAUCCGAGGCUCUACAAUCCGAUACUUUAUUCUCCCCGAUUCACUACCCCUUGACACACUACUCAUCGACGACGCGCCCAAGCCCAAGAACAAGGCCCGCAAGGAGGCCGAGCGUGGCGGACGAGGAGGCCGAGGCAGAGGCGGACCUAGAGGACGUGGACGCGGCGGUGGCCGUGGUCGUGGUGGACGACCUUAG